AGCUAGAAGCAGAGGGAAGUUACCAGUGUGCAUUUACAAGCUUGAUUUUUGAAGUCAGCAAGCCUGCUGAAAUCAAGUAUACCAUAUUGUCCUGGAGCAAAUAUGCUGAUUAUAUUAAAAAACCAUGGAUUGUUGGUGGGCCCCUCUUUAAUGUCACUUGUGACUCAGCCUCUGCUCUUACUUCGAUUCAGUUCCCACAUUCCCUCUGCCUACAUGAUCAUGGAUCUAACAUGACAUUCAACGUUCUACAUAUCAAAAGUACUGGUCCAGCAAUUGAACCCUCUGUUGAUCAUUCAUCAACACAUAUCAAAUGGCACGUGAGUUCUCUGUCUCCAGUGGGACCAGUCAUUCAAACACAAGAGCCAGUUUAUUAUCAUGGAGCAGUAAUUUUAUACAAAGUUGUUGAUAAUCAUCCAUCCUUGUCAUUUCGUGUGUACAUAGCUACUAAUAAUGAGUCAUUUAUAAAGGACAUCUCAAAAGCAAUAAGACAUUCUGAUAAAAAAUUCAUUAAAAUUGACAAGCCCCCUGUUUGUCAAAAAUUACUACAAAAUGGAAAGAGAUAUAGACUAAUUAGUGAACCAGAAGCUGACAUAAUCCCUGAGGAAAUGCAAUUUGUUGAUGGCUCUCUCUUAAAAUUAAAAAGUUAUAUUGAAGUCUAUUUGGAGCAGCCUGUGGAAUUUACAUUAUCUUUGGUUGAACUUGAGUCUGAAGUAAUUGUAUGGAAAGCGAAACUAAGAGAAUGUGACUGGAUAAAACACAACCAGAACAACAAUGAGCAGAAAAGAAAGCCAAUCUGUAGAAGACGGAGAUCAAGUAUCAGUUUGUCUGAUGAAGAGUUGUGUAAUAAAAGGCUAAAGGGCAUUCCAGAUGAAACUAAAGCUAAAAGUACAUUAACUGAUCAGCAGCUGAUGACGAUUGCAAAGAAGAUGGGUAAAGACUGGAAAGAAAUUGCCAUUGGAUGCCUUAAUUUAGAAAUGAAAGAUAUUGAUCAGAUUCAGGAAAAGGAGGAAGAAGUUAACAUUUAUAAAUUCAGGAUGCUGAACAAAUGGAGGGAAAUUGAACAGAAUAAUGGAACUGCACAAAAUUUGUAUGACAGUCUCAGGGAUCAUGUGUCAUAUGAAGUACAACAAGUACUAAAAGGUUUUUUAGAGCACGUAUGAGUUCAUGGCGAAACAGCAAAAAGGGAACUCAGCACCAUUCAUCUGAAUACUGGUUAACCUUUUUAGACUGUUUAAAAGGGAUUUUAUUGUGGACAAUACAGUUUGGAGUUCAGGAGGUCACUUAUGAAGAUACAGGCCAUAAGCAAUCUGUGGAAAAAUUUUAACAAAAUACAAUUUUGGGAAAGAACUGUGAGUGGAAUUUGUAUUAAUGUAAUGAAUGUAACAUAUUCAGGAAGAAUCUUCUGUGUGAUUGAUACCAGUUAUAUUAACAGUCUAUAGUGAAGACUUGCAGUAGCAAUUGUAAUGUAGUUGAAACUUGAAACGUCCAUGAACUUCAUGCUGUCGUUGACCUAGCAUUUCAAAGUGCGGAGCACUACUCAGGAAUUUGAAGUAAUCUUAACUCCCAUGAAACACUGCUCGCCCUUUCUACCAAUUUGGCUAUCUUCAAAUAUUUUUAUCCUAUUCCAUGGGGUUUAAUCCAUAACUAUUAGAAAGAUCUUGGAGACCUGGUUACAGUUAUACCACCACAUAAAAUAAUUCUGUUAAUUGUAAAUAAUUCUGGGAACAAAAUAUUUCUCUGUAUAAAAAAUUUAAUAAAAAUAAAAUGCUGGUUCUCCAGUGGGAGACAGCAGUCCUUACUGCUGGGAGGGGAAGGUACUGGCUGGUGGAGCAGCACGAAGAGCAGCAGACAAGAUGGUGGCUCUCCGCACAUCCUUCCUCCCCCUACUGAGGCCUCUCUACCAAUCAAUGCCAAGGGGUGGGGCCUCUGUGAAAUACCUGUGAAAUCGGCUCUGUGCACUACAAGCAGGCCAUGAAAAACCCUUUGUCUCACUGUGAUUUAGGUAGGUCCCUACUUAUAAUGGCAGGAUUGAUUUUCCUGUCCAUGUGCAUGGCACAUCAACUCUACAAGUAAACUUAUGUCCAUGAUUGUGAUGUAUGUGCACCACUCUCUUAGGAUGGGAUUAUGUUUAUUCAAAAAAGGUAGAUUAGUUUCAGAGUAGCACAAAGUAGCACAAAAGGCAGCUUUGAUUUUUGUCUGUGAAUGUCAUGUUGGCUUCAUGUGUCUAUAACUGAUUGCAUGUUUCUAAUUAGAUGAUUUUCUGUGUUGUACACUUUCUGUUGUAUUAUACUUAGUUUAGAAUUAAAUACAGAUUUUUAUACUGUUUUUAACCUGAAUUGAACUUUAUGAUGACAAAGGCACAAGCUAAAAAUAGAAAAGUUAGUGAUGUCUCAGAAAAGCAGGUGCCUAUCACUGACUGCAGAUAGAAAACACAUUUUUAAGGUUUUUAAAGGUUUUAAAAUACUGUUUUGUAUUAAACAGAACUAGUACCUUUGUUCAUGAGUGUCUAGUGAACAUGCUAAGGAUGUCUCUCUUUUACUUUAAAUGUUUACUAAAAAAAUGUCUUUUUUAAACAAGAAUUAAAAUUUGGAAAUG